CCCGCCCGCCCGCCAACCCGCCCUCCCCCCCGGCCGGCUGGGCUCCUCCGCGCUGCUUGGGGUCCUUUCCUCCCGGUCCCCGCCUGCCAGCCCCCGCCGCGCUGUGCCCUGCCCGGCCAGGCCUGGAGCCGACACCACCGCCAUCAUGCCGGCCGUCUCCAAGGGCGAUGGGAUGCGGGGGCUCGCGGUGUUCAUCUCCGACAUCCGGAACUGUAAGAGCAAAGAGGCAGAGAUUAAGAGAAUCAACAAGGAACUGGCCAAUAUCCGCUCUAAGUUCAAAGGGGACAAAGCCUUGGAUGGCUACAGUAAGAAAAAAUAUGUGUGUAAACUGCUGUUCAUCUUCCUGCUUGGCCACGACAUUGACUUUGGGCACAUGGAGGCCGUGAACCUGCUCAGCUCCAACAAGUACACGGAGAAGCAGAUAGGUUACCUCUUCAUCUCGGUUCUGGUGAACUCAAACUCCGAGCUGAUCCGGCUCAUCAACAAUGCCAUCAAGAACGACCUGGCCAGCCGCAACCCGACCUUCAUGUGCCUGGCCCUUCACUGCAUCGCCAACGUGGGCAGCCGUGAGAUGGGCGAGGCCUUUGCCGCUGACAUCCCACGCAUCCUGGUGGCUGGGGACAGCAUGGACAGCGUGAAACAGAGUGCAGCCCUGUGCCUACUACGGCUGUACAAGGCCUCACCCGACUUAGUGCCCAUGGGCGAGUGGACGGCCCGGGUGGUGCACCUGCUCAACGACCAGCACAUGGGUGUGGUCACGGCGGCUGUCAGUCUCAUCACCUGCCUCUGCAAGAAGAACCCGGACGACUUCAAGACGUGCAUCUCCCUGGCUGUGUCUCGCCUGAGCCGGAUUGUCUCGUCGGCCUCCACCGACCUCCAGGACUACACCUACUACUUCGUCCCGGCGCCCUGGCUGUCGGUGAAACUCCUGCGACUGUUACAGUGCUACCCACCGCCAGAGGAUGCUGCCGUGAAGGGGCGGCUGGUGGAGUGUCUGGAGACCGUGCUCAACAAGGCCCAGGAGCCCCCCAAGUCCAAGAAGGUCCAGCACUCCAACGCCAAGAAUGCCAUCCUCUUCGAGACCAUCAGCCUCAUCAUCCACUACGACAGAGUGGUGCUGGACCCCUCCUGGAAAAAGCAGAAUUCCCGACUCUCUUCAUUUGGGCCCAACGGCCCAGAUGUCUGGGUCGCCAGGAGUGGUCAUGAUGGGAACGGAGGGCAAGAGUUAAGACUCAGUGAGCCCAACCUCCUGGUGCGGGCCUGUAACCAGCUGGGCCAGUUCCUGCAGCACCGGGAGACCAACCUGCGCUACCUGGCCCUGGAGAGUAUGUGCACGCUGGCCAGCUCCGAGUUCUCCCAUGAGGCGGUCAAGACCCACAUCGACACCGUCAUCAAUGCUCUCAAGACGGAGCGGGACGUCAGUGUGCGACAGCGGGCCGCUGACCUCCUCUAUGCCAUGUGUGACCGGAGCAACGCCAAGCAGAUCGUGUCAGAAAUGCUGCGGUACCUGGAGACGGCGGACUAUGCCAUCCGUGAAGAGAUUGUGCUGAAGGUGGCCAUCCUGGCCGAGAAGUACGCAGUAGACUAUAGCUGGUACGUGGACACCAUCCUCAACCUCAUCCGCAUUGCGGGCGACUACGUGAGUGAGGAGGUGUGGUACCGUGUGCUGCAGAUCGUCACCAACCGUGAUGACGUCCAGGGCUACGCUGCCAAGACUGUCUUUGAGGCGCUCCAGGCCCCCGCCUGCCAUGAGAACAUGGUGAAGGUCGGCGGCUACAUCCUCGGGGAGUUUGGGAAUCUGAUUGCUGGGGACCCCCGCUCCAGCCCCCCAGUGCAGUUCUCUCUGCUGCACUCCAAGUUCCACCUCUGCAGCGUGGCCACCCGGGCCCUGCUGCUGUCCACCUACAUCAAGUUCAUCAACCUCUUCCCGGAGACCAAGGCCACCAUCCAGGGCGUGCUGCGGGCUGGCUCCCAGCUGCGCAACGCUGACGUAGAGCUUCAGCAGCGCGCCGUCGAGUACCUCACGCUCAGCUCGGUGGCCAGCACGGAUGUCCUGGCCACGGUGCUGGAGGAGAUGCCGCCCUUCCCAGAGCGGGAGUCGUCCAUCCUGGCCAAGCUGAAACGCAAGAAGGGGCCCGGGGCUGGCAGCGCCCUGGAUGAUGGCCGGAGGGACCCCAGCAGCAAUGACAUCAACGGGGGCGUGGAGCCCACCCCUAGCACUGUGUCGACGCCCUCACCCUCUGCCGACCUCCUGGGGCUGCGGGCAGCCCCUCCUCCAGCCGCACCCCCAGCGACCUCGGGUGCAGGGAACCUCCUGGUGGACGUCUUCUCCGACGGCCCGGCUGCCCAGCCCAGCCUGGGGCCCACCCCCGAGGAGGCCUUCCUCAGCGAGCUGGAGCCGCCUGCCCCUGAGAGCCCCAUGGCUUUGCUGGCUGACCCAGCUCCAGCUGCUGACCCAGGUCCUGAGGACAUCGGGCCGCCCAUCCCAGAAGCCGAUGAGCUGCUGAAUAAGUUCGUGUGCAAGAAUAAUGGGGUCCUGUUUGAGAACCAGCUGUUGCAGAUUGGAGUCAAGUCGGAGUUCCGGCAGAACUUGGGCCGUAUGUAUCUCUUCUAUGGCAACAAGACGUCCGUGCAGUUCCAGAACUUCUCGCCCACUGUCGUCCACCCUGGAGACCUCCAGACUCAGCUGGCAGUGCAGACCAAGCGCGUGGCCGCGCAGGUGGACGGCGGGGCGCAGGUGCAGCAGGUGCUCAACAUCGAGUGUCUGCGGGACUUCCUGACGCCCCCGCUCCUGUCCGUGCGCUUCCGGUACGGGGGCGCCCCCCAGUCCCUCACCCUGAAGCUCCCGGUGACCAUCAACAAGUUCUUCCAGCCCACGGAGAUGGCGGCCCAGGAUUUCUUCCAGCGCUGGAAGCAGCUGAGCCUUCCCCAACAGGAGGCGCAGAAAAUCUUCAAAGCCAACCACCCCAUGGAUGCAGAAGUCACUAAGGCAAAACUCCUGGGGUUUGGCUCUGCUCUCCUGGACAAUGUGGACCCCAACCCUGAGAACUUCGUGGGGGCUGGAAUCAUCCAGACUAAAGCCCUGCAGGUGGGCUGUCUGCUCCGGCUAGAGCCCAAUGCCCAGGCUCAGAUGUACCGGCUGACCCUGCGCACCAGCAAGGAACCUGUCUCCCGUCACCUGUGUGAGCUGCUGGCCCAGCAGUUCUGAGCCCUGGACUCUGCCCCCCGGGGAUGUGGCCGGCGCCGGGCAGCCCCUAGGACUGAGGCAGCUUUGGUGGAUGGGGCAGCGAGGGGACCUCCACUGGUGACAGGGAAGACCCCAGGGGUGGGGGGACGCCUGGAACCUUUCUCUGGCCUUUUGUAUUUUUAUUUUUGUUCAUCUGCUGCUGUUUACAUUCUGGGGGGUAAGGGGGAGCCCCCUCCCUCCCUUUUCCCCCCUAAGCACAGAGGGGAGAGGGGCCAGGGAAGUGGGCGCCUCCUCCCCUCCCACCCCACCCCAUCGUAGCCCCUCCUGCCCCCCCAUCCAGGGGCUGUGUAUUAUUGUGAGCGAAUAAACAGAGAGACGCUAA